UUUAUCAUUUAUUGAACAAAGCUCUUCGUACACUGGACAUUGAUUUACUUUAUUUACUUGGAUUCUUUAUUCGUGAUCUUCGAGAGCAACUUGAACAAUAUCGAUCUCCGUCACCGAUUCGUAUCUAUCGAACUCAAUUAAUGUCCAAAACGGAAGUUCAACAGUUGGAUAAUUUCAGAGGACAAUUGAUUUCCAUGAAUUCAUUUCUUUCCACGACACUUGAUCGUGAAGUGGCUGUAAUUGAGCGAGAAAUGGAUUGA